AUGCGAAAAAAAGCGAAAGACCAACUGGCUGAAAUAGACAAGAUUAAGGCCACUAACUUGGCCUGUUUCUACUAUCACCAGAAGCGUCUUGGGGCUGUUUCUUCCAUAUUGAGGGGGAACCAACGACGUCAAGAACUACAUGAGUCUCAAAAUGGAAUGCUUAGAAGAAGUACACGACCAGUUAAAGAAUCGCCAAUAGGUUGAAGCACUUGAAGAGCGCUAAUAAGAAGUACACGACCAGCGCAGACGAAUCACGACAGUCUGGAGCUGGAUUUCUGAACUUAUCGAAGAGGAGCUCAGGAGACGACCAGAAGCGCGAAUUGAAAAGAGGAAUCGAGGAAAUUCGCUCCACGGCUGCCGGAAAUGAGGAGGUGCCGGCGCUGCCGGAAGAAAAAGACAGUACUACUGCUAAUAAACUUCAUGAAGUUUGA